UUUUGCUUCAACUCAAUAUAAAAAUGCAAUAAGCAUCACAGAAAGCGUGUGAAAGAGAGUGUGUGUGUGUGUAAUGUGCAUAACAUAGCAUAUAAUAACACAAAUUAUCAUAAAAAAUAAAUAAAAUAAAAUAAAAAUAUCUGUGCUUAAAUUCAAAUACACCGCUUUCAGAGUCUCUCUCAGUCACCGACCGCUCAGAGUAAGAUCAGAUCUGAAGGAAUCUAUACCUUCUCUGAUCAAUUUCUUAUCAGGUCUGAAGCCUCAUUGCUGUAAUCAUGUCAAGGAGGCCGGUAAACCCUUCACGUCGGUUAGGUGAUGGUGGAAGUAUACCAUUUGUGGCCUCUAUCCAGUCUAAAUCUCACAACUCUCCCCUGCUAUCUAUUGGGCUUGUUAUUGUGGGUGCAAUUCUUCUGAUUGGUUAUUGUUACAGCAGUUCAGGUGGAGCUAGUAAUGAUAUUAAGGAUUUAAGCAAACUUGAAGGGGGUUCAUCAUGUACAUUAGAAGUACUACAAGCAUUGCCCAUUUUGAAGAAAGCAUAUGGAGACAGUAUGCAUAAGGUUUUGCAUGUCGGCCCCGAUUCUUGUUCUUUGGUAUCUAGUUUGUUAGCAGAAGAGGAUGUUGAGGCUUGGGGGAUAGAACCAUACGAAUUAGAUGAUGUUGGUGCAAAGUGUAAAAGUCUUGUACGCAAGGGCAUUGUGCGUGUGGCUGACAUAAAGUUUCCUCUACCUUACCGUGCAAAGUCAUUUUCUCUUGUCAUUGUGUCGGAUGCAUUGGAUUACUUAUCUCCAAAAUACCUUAAUAAAACCCUGCCAGAGUUGGUGAGGGUAUCUGCUGAUAGUGUUGUUAUCUUUUCAGGUUAUCCUGGUCAACCUAGAGCUAGAGGCGGAGAAGUGGCCAAAUUUGGUCGUCCGGCCAAAUUACGGAGCUCGACUUGGUGGAUAAGGUUUUUUCUUCAGACAAAAUUAGAAGAAAAUGAAAGUGCUGGAAAGAAGUUUGAACAGGCUUCGGCCAAGAAGGCGUACAAACCAGCUUGUCAAGUUUUCCACCUUAAAUCAUACCCAUGAGGUUUUUACUGCCUUGUUUUAAACUCGACUUUACAGUAAGAAACCAUACUGAUGAGGCAGGCAAAGGCACCUUAAGCACCCGAAGGGUAAAAGCUCCAUACAUUAUGUUGAAAUUAUAGUCUUCUUUGAUCUAUCUUGACAAUAUAUUAGAUUAAAUUAUGUACUUUAUUGUCAUUACCUUUGUAAUUUAUUUUGCCUUGAUAUGUUUUUCACAGCAGCUCUCUGUUUCUAUAGUAUUCACUAGUUUAGGAUAUUUACUAUUUUUGACACUUUUUAUGACUUCUACAAUUCAUUGCUACUCUAUUUGAGGCACCUUAUAUUAUCAAAAAGCAGUAUGUUUUGUUGCUUUUAAAUGUAGAACAAUAACAAUAAUCAAAGCAUUAUUCUAUUUGAUGA